CUGCAGGCCAAGAAAGCUUCAGCCAAUGCUCUGAACACCUCACAAACACAAAAGUGGAAGAUUUGCACCAUCUGCAAUGAACUUUUCCCUGAAAGCACAUAUAGUGCUCACUUUGAAAAGGAACAUCAGGCGGAGAAGGUGAGGGCGAUGGCUAAAUACAUCAUGAAGAUUCACAACUUUACUAGCAAGUGUCUGUACUGUAACCGUUACCUACCCAGCGACUCUUUGUUGAACCAUAUGCUAGUGCAUGGGCUGUCAUGCCCACAAUGUCAUUCCACAUUUCAUGAAGUUGAGAAAAUUGUAGCACACAAGCGUCUGGCGCACCCUAACGAACCAGGGGAUCCGCCAACUGGUUCUCCUCUAACAUUCGAUCUGACACUUCAGCAAGGAAAUCCCAAAAAUGUUCAGCUUAUUGUAACCACCUACAAUAUGAAGGAGACCCCUGAAGCCUCUUUAGCUGGCAAUCAACCACCACAGAACAGCGCCAUGGCUAAGCCUGCAAAGAUGGCUGUAAAGCAGCCAGAUACGCAAUCUGAUUCUGUGGUCCGAAACAUGUCCCAGUCUUCUGUGUCGCAAAAGAAAGAAGUUGGGAAAACACUCUGCCCGCUAUGCUUCACUAUUCUCAAAGGUCCCAUCUCGGACGCCCUAGCCCAUCAUUUACGGGAUUGUCAUCAAGUACUCCAAACGUUGCACCCUGUAGAGAAA